AUGCCCAGGAUGCCCUGCUCCUUCCUCUCCCUUCCACUGGAGCUGGCUGCUCAGAUUGCCCACGCAAGUAUUCCCGAUGGCAUUGAAGGUCUUGCUUUGACUUGCAAACAGCUUCACGCCGCAGCCGAGCCGCUUUUGGCAGAACACUACCGUCUCAAACGACGGUUUAGGCGAUUCAGGUUCCCUCUCAGCCAUGAUGUCCGUACGCAAUUCCUCGCUCCUGGCACGAGAGCCUCAGAUCCCGCGGACCCGGACCCUGCCCUGCGAGCUACAGGCAUUAGGAUCCACAAGACAAUCGAUCUCAUCCGUGCCAUUCUUGUCAACCCAGUCGUCCGAGAUUACAUCCUCGAGGCUGAUCUAAGAGGCGAGCCUUCUAUCAACAAUCCCGACUACAGAGACCUUGACGAUGAUCUCAGGCUACCUCUGGAACCCAACCGUAGCUCUUCGUUCCCCCGCAUUGAAGAAAAUGACAGAGACCUGUUCAGAACUGCACUCUACAAUUCUGCGUAUUUACAGCAUGCCAAUCAGGAUCCUGAGCACUGGCUAGAGCAGCUCACCAAUACGUGCACAGGCCACGCCGAAGUUUUCCUGCUGACCCUACUGCCGCGCGUCAAGCUUCUAUAUCCUCCUGUACAUUGGGGUAAAAACCUCGAUACCCUCGAGCUGCUUGCCUGUGUUACCAGGCGACCAGAACUUGCGGCUCUUCUGGAGAGGUGUGCCGUCGCCGCCCGUCUCAAAACCUUUCGAUUCUCGUACGAGACCAAGUGGCAUGGCUGUGGCCACAACUGGGAUUCCGGAGACUUCCUUGAAGUUGUGCGUGAUCACGUCGGUGGCACUCUGGAGGAACUCUCGGUCACCAGGAUCUCGGGCUUCCGAGGGUGGGGAGAUUUAGGCACCACAAUGACCGACAUGCGGACCGGGUUUCCAUCUCUCAAGAUUCUCGAGCUGGAUGUUCGUAUGUUGAUGGGCCCAGCCAGGACAGAGGAGGUGGUUGCUGCGUACAGCAAAAAGGCAUACGGUCCUUGGCCGCCUCGAGAAUGCGCCAACAUUCCACCUGCACGACCUCGGCUCGUUGACAUCCUUCCGUCGCAGCUCGAGACAUUUCGCCUCUUUUGCUCCAUGUUUGAGCAAGACGAUCUCGACUGCAUCAAAGCAAUGAUCUCAGACUUCCGAGCGGAGCGGGCCGCGAGUCUUCCGCACCUGCUCGAGAUGGGCUUUUACUACUACCGGACGGACAACAUCAAAAAGCCUCAAGUCCAGCAAACUCUGAAUGCCGUUCAGGAUGCUGGUUUCUCCAUGCACCCUAAUGAGAAGGAGCAUAGCUGGGAGUACAAGGCUGUUAAUCCCAAGUGGGUCAAUGACUCCAAAGAGAGGUUUUUUAGUAACUACACGACAUAG